GAGACCGGCAGCAGCCAUGGAAGAAUUAAUAGUUGAACUCCAGCUGUUUCUUCAACUUCUGGACCAUGAAUACUUGACAUCUACGGUCAGGGAAAAGAAAGCAGUUUUAAAUAACAUUCUUCUAAGGAUACAGGCAACAAAAGACUUUGAGGUAAAAGAAAAUGUACAGAGACAAGAGAUUGCCAUCAAUUUGCCUGCACCACCUCAGAUGCCUUUGCCAGAAAUCCCACAGCAAUGGCUGCCCCCAGAUGAUGGUCCUCCUCCAUUGCCUUCCUCUUCUCUUCCUGAAGGUUACUAUGAAGAGGCUGUGCCACUCAGCCCAGGGAAAGCUCCUGAAUACAUUACAUCCAAUUAUGAUUCUGAUGCAAUGAGUAGUUCAUAUGAAUCUUAUGAUGAAGAAGAUGAAGAUGGAAAAGGGAAAAAAAUGAGACACCAAUGGCCUUCUGAGGAAGCAUCAAUGGACCUUGUUAAGGAUGCUAAAAUUUGUGCCUUCCUUUUACGAAAAAAACGAUUUGGACAGUGGACCAAACUAUUGUGUGUGAUCAAAGAAAACAAACUGUUGUGCUAUAAAAGUUCCAAGGAGCAACAGCCUCAGAUGGAACUGUUAUUGUGUGACUGCAGUAUUACAUAUAUUCCCAAAGACAGCAAAAAGAAGAAGCAUGAACUGAAAAUUGCACACCAGGGUCAGGAUGCUCUAGUUCUUGCUGUACAAAGCAAGGAACAGGCAGAUCAGUGGCUGAAGGUAAUAAAGGAAGUUUGCAGCACCUACGUUAGCACAGUAGAUUCAGAUGGACCAUCAUCUAAUUCUGUAUAUAAGACUGAUCUUGAAAAGAAACUGUCCUUAGAAAGACCAAGUUCUGAUGGAGAAGGUGUGGUAGAAAAUGGCAUAACCAAUAUUUGUAAUGGGAAAGAACAUGUAAAGAGGAAAAAGAGCUCAAAGGUGGACUCCAAAGGCACUGUACCUAAAGUAACAGGAAAGAAGAUCACAAAGAUAAUUGGGCUGGGGAAAAAAAAGCCAUCUACUGAUGAACAGACCUCAUCUGCUGAAGAAGAUAUACCAACAUGUGGAUAUCUUAAUGUGCUGUCCAAUAACCGUUGGCGUGAGCGCUGGUGCAGAGUGAAAGAUAAUAAGCUGAUACUCCACAAAGACAGGACAGAUCUAAAGACUCAUAUUGUUUCUAUUCCUCUCCGUGGCUGUGAAGUUAUUCCAGGAUUGGAUUCCAAACAUCCCCUGACAUUCCGCUUGCUUCGAAAUGCUCAGGAGGUUGCAGUAUUAGAGGCUUCAUCUUCAGAAGAUAUGGGCAGGUGGAUUGGGAUUCUGCUGGCUGAGAGUGGGUCAUCUGCAGAUCCUGGCACUCUGCACUAUGACUACAUAGAUGUGGAUGUGUCAGCUAGUGUCAUUCAAGCUGCAAAGCAAACAUUCUGUUUUAUGAACAGACGGGUUCUUUCUACUAAUCCUUACAGAGGAAAUGCUACUAAUGGCUAUGCGUGUCCCAGUGGGAUGGCACUUCAUUAUGAUGAUGUUCCUUGCAUAAAUGGAUCAGUAAGAAUUGACUUUUGUAGGGAACCAGAAGAUGGCUUUCCUACUUCUUCUAGCAAAAACACAGGAGAAGAUGGGCUUUAUGAUAACAUGGGCCUGUAUGAUAAUUUGCCAUCUCCGAAAAUUUUUGCACGUUGUUCACCAGCAGAGCGAAAAGCCAAUAGGUUAUCUACUGACAAACUAUCAUCUAACCAUUAUAAACAUCCUAUCUCAUCCAAUCUGUCUUCUGCUCAGUCUGUCACUAAUACCUCUGCUGUGGGGAGGGGAUCUGUUGCACAGUUUAAAGGGAAAAAAAUGCCAAUAGCUGCAAAUGGGAUUUCAGGAAAAGGGAGAACAUUAAGUAAUUCACUAAAAAAAUCAGAAUUUGCUUCAAAUGUGAAACGUAGCAGCUCUAAUGCAGAUCAGUAUAAGUAUGGAAAGAAUCGUGUUGAAGCAGAUGCAAAGAGAUUACAAACAAAAGAGGAGGAACUAUUGAAGAAAAAAGAAAUCCUAAGGAAUCACCUGGCUCAGUUACGAAAAGAAAGGAAAGACCUCCGGGCAGCUCUUGAAAUGAAUCCUGGCCGGAAACCCCUAAUAAUCCUUGAAGAUAAAUUAAAGAAGUUGGAAGAAGAGUGUAAGUUGAAAGAGUCUGAGCGUGUGUCUCUGGAACUAGAGUUGACGGAAGUGAAAGAGAAUUUGAAAAAGGCUUUGGCUGGAGGCAUCACACUGGGAUUGGCAAUCGAGCCUAAAUCACAGAGUUUAACUGCACAGUCCCCAGUUCUAAAGCAUCAGACACUGGAGAAUUCACCCAUCUCCAGUUGUGAUACAAGUGAUACAGAAUGUUCUAUGCCUGUGAAUAGUGCAAUUGUCCUGAAAAGACAUUCAUCCUCAAGCACCUCUCCAUGCCGAGGCCACGUGCUUCAGAAGGCAAAGGAGUGGGAGAUGAAAAAUGGAACAUAAAGAAAUACAAUUGCUACUAGAAUUCUGCUUUGGGUCUCUUGACUCAAGAUGAACUAAGGAAGAUUAAUCUGCACAGGGGUAUUAAUGGGUUGUCAGUUCUGUUUAGUGAAUGGUCAGUAUGCUUAAUACAGCUAGAAGGGGGGGCCUUCUUGAAUGUGUCAUUUCAAAUGCAGUGAUUAUUUACUCACUUAAAAUAUGAAAGAAACAGUUUAAAUGAUUACGUAGAUGGAUCAGGUAAAACUAGGAACUGUGUUGGAUGGAAAUGGAGAUUGGCAUGUUUCAGUACCCAUUUGGAAUAGAUUUAGAUACAUUUUAAUUAUUAGAUAUGAAAUCCAAUUUUGACUCCCUAAAACUUUGCUGUAUGAAUGUGGGGAUUCACAGACUUGUAAUAUUAAUUCAAGGCUUAUGAAUUUUAUGCAAGAGAAGAAUGGAGAGUUGUAGUCUUUGCAGAAAUUACACACCUGCUGUUUUCCAUGGUGAGUAGAGAUCAGAGAAAGACUAAAUUCUUAAUGAGGAAGUGAGAUUAGAGUAAAUAGAAAGACAUCUUCAAUCCCAAGUAAAAAUACCAGUCUCUUUUAAACUCUUUUUUAAAAAUGUAUUUAUUUGCUUGCUUGUUUUGAAAUGGUUUUACGGAUUUUAUUUUCAAAAAUCAAAUAGCAAUGGAUGCCACUUUACACAUACAAAAAAGGUCCACAACAUAGAAACUGGUUUUGAAGCAAA